AUGGACGCGGCGCUGAAGCGGAGCCGCUCCGAGGAGCCGGCAGAGCUCUCGCCGUCCGCCCGGGACUUGGAGGAGGAGGAGGAAGAGGGGAUGGAACAGGGGCUGGAGGAGGAAGAAGAGGUGGACCCCCGGAUCCAGGGAGAACUGGAGAAGUUAAAUCAAUCCACGGAUGACAUCAACAGACGGGAGACUGAACUUGAGGAUGCCCGUCAGAAGUUCCGCUCCGUUCUGGUGGAAGCAACGGUGAAGCUGGACGAGCUGGUGAAGAAAAUUGGCAAAGCUGUGGAAGACUCGAAGCCCUACUGGGAGGCCCGGAGGGUGGCGAGGCAGGCCCAGCUAGAAGCUCAGAAAGCCACGCAGGACUUCCAGAGGGCCACAGAGGUGCUCCGAGCCGCCAAGGAAACCAUCUCCCUGGCUGAACAGCGGCUGCUGGAGGAUGACAAGCGGCAGUUCGACUCAGCCUGGCAGGAGAUGCUGAAUCAUGCCACCCAGAGGGUCAUGGAGGCGGAGCAGACCAAGACACGGAGCGAGCUGGUGCACAAGGAGACCGCGGCCAGGUACAACGCGGCCAUGGGCCGCAUGCGGCAGCUGGAGAAGAAACUCAAGAGAGCCAUCAACAAGUCCAAGCCUUAUUUUGAACUCAAGGCAAAGUACUACGUGCAGCUUGAGCAACUGAAGAAGACCGUGGACGACCUGCAGGCCAAACUGGCUCUGGCGAAAGGCGAGUACAAGACGGCCCUGAAGAACCUGGAGAUGAUCUCGGACGAGAUCCACGAGCGGCGGCGCUCCAGCGCCAUGGGGCCUCGGGGCUGCGGUGUGGGGGCCGAGGGCAGCAGCACGUCUGUGGAGGACCUGUCGGGGAGCAAGCCUGAGCCAGACGCCGUUUCGGUGGCCUCCGAGGCCUUUGAAGACGACAGCUGCAGCAACUUUGUGUCUGAAGACGACUCGGAAACCCAGUCUGUGUCCAGCUUCAGUUCAGGACCAGCGAGCCCGUCUGAGAUGCCCGAACAAUUCCCUGCGGUUGUAAGGCCUGGCAGCCUGGAUCUGCCCAGCCCCGUGUCUCUGUCAGAGUUCGGGAUGAUGUUCCCAGUGCUGGGCCCUCGCAGCGAAUGCAGCGGGGCCUCCUCCCCGGAAUGUGAGGUAGAACGAGGAGACAGGGCAGAAGGGGCAGAGAAUAAAACAAGCGACAAAGCCAACAACAAUCGAGGUCUCGGCAACAGCAGUGGCAAGAGCCAAAGCAGCAGCGCCCGAGAGGGCCAGGCCUUGGAGAACAGGAUGAAGCAGCUCUCCCUCCAGUGCUCAAAGGGAAGAGACGGGAUUAUUGCUGACAUAAAAACGGUGCAGAUUGGCUGACCCAUCCGAAGCCUGGGCCCAAGGGCAUAUCCGUAUUUAUACAUGGAGCUGUAUGGAGAACCUUGUGCCAAUUAUCAUUUAAUACAUGCCAAAUCUUAAGUGUUUACUCUACACUGCACUAAUGAAGUUGUGACCGUGAGGGCUGAAGAGUAUUCUUCUGGGAAAGAGCUCUUGGGCUGGUUUGUUUUUCAGAGCAGAGGCGUUGUUGCGGUGGACUGUGACCAGGGUCACAGCCUUUGUGGAAUAUUACCUGUGACCGUGUUGUGGAAGCAAUAACUAGUUCCUGUGAAAGAACCAGAGCCAGGAAAGGGACUGGGAAGCUGAGCCAACCUGGGGUCAACAGCUUGCUCCUCUUUCCUUUCUCUUACCCUCAGUUUGGGAAAAUGGGAGAUGUUCUCUCCUUUACAU